CUGGAUCUCGCGCGAGCGAGGCGGGGGCGGAGGGGAACCUCCCGUUUCCACCGUCACUGGGACGUCCCGUAAGGGUCUCGGGAGGAGGGGCGGGUGGCGUUGUGUGUGAGGACGCCGGACGAGGUUGGGGGAGCCUGAAGCGGGCGAGCCCAAGGGGCAACCUAACAAGGCCGCGGAGCGAGCUUCCGCUGCCCUCUCUCUCCCCUUCCACCCUCACGCUCCUCGCGCUCAGUCUUCUUCCGGGAGAAAAGUAAGCGGGGAAAGCCAAUUCCUAAAGCCUCGGUCCCGGCCGGGCUGGCGUGCGUCUUAAGGAAAAGGCGGGGAAAUGGGAAGGGAGUCGAGUAGGAAGGAGUCUCGGCGAGAUCCUAACCCGCCCCGAGCUGAGGCGUUGACGCUCUAGGCCUCGCGUCGCUACUCCUUCUGUGCAACUCGAUGGUUCUCCCGACUGCCCUUGCGCUUACUGGACGUAGACGAUUUCUGGACUGAGGGACCGUCUCUAAAGUACUGGUCGGGGGAAGAAACGAGACCUCGGAGGGGGCUCAGGGGACUGUGUGUUGCGGUGGUUGCUAGGAGAGAAGGGUCCGCGGGUGGAAGCCCCUGCAGAGGAUUGGAGCAGUGCAGGUAGUGCAGUAAAACAAUGAUGCCUUCUUCUAUGCUACCAGCACAAGGAGAUGACCUGGAUUACUGUAUAUUAAGAUUUCCAGACCUGGAUUUGAAAGAUACAAACCUUGUUUCUCCUAGUAGCAGUCUCAGAGCAGAAUUAGAUGCUAAUAUGAGGAAGAAGUAUGCACAUGCAAAGAAAAAGGCAUUUGCCCUUUUGGUCAAAACAAAGGAAAUUCCAGAACCUACCAACUGCUCUUCAUCUCUCUGCAAAGGAGUGUGGUGGACGUGCUGCCAGCAGAUCUUCAAAGACCAAAUUGGCAUCCACAGACAUAUAGCUGCCCAGCAUGCAGGAGAUGUUUAUCAUCAGACCUCUUCUGUUUUAAAGCAACUGGCUGCUGAGGCUGGCACCCCCAAGCCCUGUGUGUCUGCAGACAAGACAAAUGGAUUAAAUGUGCCUCCUACCUCUAACCAUUUAGUGGCUGUUGACUUUCCAGACACAAGCUGCUUUAAACUUGAUGAACUGAUGAGUACACAGGAUAGCAAUCGGGGAGUAGUACUAUUAUAUUAUUGUUACUGUGACGUAGAGGAUCCAGAAUGGCUUUGUGCUUGGCAGAAAGCUUUGUGCCAACACCUGCACCUCACAGGAAAGGUUCGAAUUGCUACAGAAGGAAUCAAUGGAACAGUGGGUGGGAGCAGAUUAGCAACUGAUCUUUAUAUGGAAGCAAUGCUUUCUCAUCCUUUGUUUAAGAAUAUCUUAUGUAAGGAAGAUUUUAAGACCAGCAAAGGAGGAGCUUACUGUUUUCCAGGACUUCGUGUUGGUGUAUAUGAAGAAAUCGUGCCCAUGGGAAUCAAUCCCAGUGUGAUCUCCUACAAAAAACCUGGAAUCCAUUUAUCCCCUGGUGAAUUUCAUAAAGAAGUUGAAAAUUAUUUAUAUCAGGGUAAUCAAGAGCAAAAUGACACUAUUCUGCUGGACUGCAGGAACUUUUAUGAAAGUAAAAUAGGCCGUUUCCAGAAAUGCCUGGCACCAGACAUCAGGAAAUUCAGUUAUUUUCCCAGUUAUGUGGACAAAAACCUGAAACUUUUUAAGGACAAGCGUGUGCUGAUGUACUGUACUGGCGGCAUUCGUUGUGAAAGGGGUUCAGCCUACCUUAAAGCUAAGGGAGUAUGCAAAGAAGUAUACCAGCUGAAGGGUGGCAUCCACAAAUACCUAGAAGAGUUUCCUGAUGGUUUUUAUAGAGGAAAAUUAUUUGUUUUUGAUGAACGCUAUGCUCUCUCUUACAACAAUGACAUCGUUUCAAAAUGUACCUAUUGUGGAGCCCAGUGGGACCAGUAUAAACUAUGUUCUACCUCACGUUGCCGUCAACUCGUCUUGUCCUGUUCAGAAUGCCAAGACAAAGGGUUUACAGCAUGUUGUCUCACUUGCCAGGGUAAAGGAGCCAAGCUAAUUUCAAGUCCCACUGAGAAGAGUUUUAAAGAAGAAUGUGAUUGUACACUGAAAAGGCCUCGUAUACCAGUUGAACUUUCACAGUAAUUAGGACUUACUGGAUGGUGUAAAUAGGCAAGUUACCAACUUUAGUGCAGUUAUGCCACUGCUUAUGUUAAGCAUAUCAUCAACAUUUUCCGUAUGUGAUUCACAGUGUCAAUUAUGAGUGUCAGGGUUAUAGACCCACCUCUCAGAGAAGGUCAUGAAGGCACAGUAGAGUAAUGGUGUGUGUACAGUAGGCUGUUAGACACAACAAGAGAGUUGUGUCCCACUUGCGACUUAUAUCACAUCAUCUUUGGAUUGGAUUUAAGACUGGUGGGAAUGAGGGAGCAGUGCUGAUAUAAUUAGGCUAAGGUCUUAUCUGACCAUUUGGAGACAGAAAGGGCUGAAAUUGAUGUGUGGGAAGCAUAGUGAUAUCACUUGGCCAAGAUGAAGCGCAUCAGGAGCAUGUCUUUGACAGUCCUGCAGUAAAGGAAUGUGCUUUCUCCAUAGAACUGAAAGCACACAAUAUGCAGGCCUCUAUUGUUACUCUCUUAAAAUUGUAGCAAAGUCAACAUGUAAUUUCAAUCUUAUGAAUUUAAUGAACAAUGACAAAUAUUUAUUUAAAAAUGUUCUAAGAAAUUUUUUGCCAUUUUAGUUUCACAAACUAGAGCUGUGAGAAUGUCCUAGAAGUAUGUCAUUUGCAUUUGCAAUUUGGGGUCUCAAACUACCACUUUGAGAAUGUUCAGUCAGUACAUCAGCUUUGGCUUUUUACAUUGGAUCCUUGCUAACCUGAUAGCUUGGUAAAGGUAAAACAAAUACUUCUGCUGCUGUUACUGUCAUCACUGCUGCUAACUUUUUAGAAAUAAGAAACCUUUAGGAUCUGGCCUGCAAAUUCCAUUCUUCUUAGUCAUUUCUUCUUCUACCAUAAGCUCCCAGAUAUUUCCUUUACUUUGUAGAAACAUCUCAAGAUAGAAAGCCGUGGUGGAACUACUGUAGCAUGAGAUGGGGGGGUAAGAAGGUAGUUCUCUGACCAUACAAAGUAUUCCUCAAACUGUAGUGUACUGUGUAAUUUGUACAGCCUGAGGGCAGUUCCUUGGGCUGAAAGGUUUGCCUGACUAUUUUCUACCUGGAAAAUAAGGCAGGGUUCAAAUCACUGACACUAGCAUUAUGAGUUUGAUAUUUAACUCCUGGGCUCUGUGUUUCUCCUCAGCAACUCUUAGAAUAUUCCACCCCUAAUGAAUGUACAGCAGUGGGCAUGUAAGAUUUGAUUUACAUUAUUUCAUGGUAUUUUCAGGAACAUAUAUCUAUUAUAUUAACUUUAAUUGCUAUUGAAAUGCACUUGCAAAAUCGUCUUCAAUUAGUAAUUCCUGGCAUAUUCAUUACUGUAAAUUUUGGAAAAUUUAUAGGUAACAAAAGGAAUAAGUGCCCUAUUCUAGUAUAACAGGAAAAUUGCCCAUGUGACUAAAUCUUUUCAUGCCCAAGCAACACCUUGAGGGAUUAGUUUCCAUUCUAUUAGCUCUGCUGCGGUAAGCCUAAAUCGUAUAAAACUAAAUAAUUUGCAUUUAUAUAAAGUUCAGUAUUAUCUUAGAAUCUCAAACCAUGGCAUGCACAUAGUUGGUACUCACUAACUGGAUUGAUAGUGAGUAACAGAAGGAAUUAACCAUUUGGAACCCCUUGCCUCCAACCAGACUACAAAGACUGCUUUUCAAGGACUGAGAUAAGAAAUAUACUUAGGGAUAUCAUUUGGUCAUUUUAAUAUUGAAAUGCCACCCUGCUUGAAGUAAGUAGUGGCACGUGGCCUUCAGUGAAGAAGUCCAGUUCGGAAUUUUAAAGAUACUCAGCAAGUUGUAGGAGUAGAACCAAGCUGGCAUUUCUACCCUUGCUAACCUAUAAAAUUAACUAAAAGUAUCCAGUUUUUCUGCUUUAUAUGUAGCAGUCCUUUUGUGCUAGUUGUUAGACCAGAAUUCCAGAGAGUCAUAAAUCCAUAAUCACGUGGAAGACUUUAUUACUUAGAAAAUUAUUUUAAUAACUAUAGUUUUCAGUAUCGAUAUACUUUGCUUUACAUAUUUUUGUGUUCCUCUUCUAGUCCCUUUGGGGCCUUAAACAAGGCCUUGCAGUAGAAUUAGGCCUCAGCUCUCUUACAGAAAGUAGUUGGCCUUUAUUUGGCCCCAUGGAGACCCUGAAGACUGGAAGCCAGAGCAACACUAGGGCAGCACCCACACCUGAGCCAUAGGAGCAGAUGGCUCCUCCAAAACAGGAUGAGGACAUAGCUGGAGGUGUCACUAAAUCCUUAGAGGUGAUGGUCUUCAAGCCAUGGCAGCGAAGGGGAGUUAGUGAUGACGUAUCACCAUUCGUCUUGGCUGUUGUCACUUCAUACAUCAGGGUUACAGAUAUGAGGAAGGUGUUUUAAAGAUACAGGCAGGGUCUCACCUUAUUAACUUUCCACCUUGGAUCACAGGCAGGAAAGUUUCCAACAUGGAAGGUGCUGGACAUGGGGGUGGGCUAGGGAGUUCCAGGCAAGAGGAACAGGCCUAAUGCAGAAGCAGCUACUGGGAUAAUAGGUAGGCUGCCAAAAAAACAAAACUCUGCUGGACUGAAAGUAUGUGAAUCAAAUUUGUGUAAAUUGACUUCUGUUUUAAUACAGUAGGGGAGCUUCUUAUAUAAACAAGCUGUAGUGAAUCAUUUAGUAAAGCAGAGAGUCGUUCUGUAAGGUUAAAAUCACUCCAAAGUGUAUCUGUUUGAUAAAUGUAUGAUUUUUGUAUGAUAUUAUGAGACUCUACAAGUGAGAUGUUCCUAUAUAUUAAUCAAAACAACCAUUGUCUCUGAUUAGAGGUAGGUAAGCCUUAUAAAUAAGUUCGAGAUCUUAAGGUUCUUCUCUGGUACUUCUCUGACUUGUCAACAAAACAAGUAAAUAUAUGCUUGAUAUUGAUAGUAAUAAUUUGUAUUUAUCUGGUGGUGUGCACUUUUUGGAGCAUUUCCAUACGUCUUUUGAACCUCAAAACCAACCUGAGGUAAGUAGGACAUUUAGUAUUAUCCUCAUUUUAUAGGUGAGGAAACUGAGGUACAGAGAGGGGUGAAAUGUUUGCCCGGGGUUACCCAAUAAAUUAGUGGCAGCGCCUUGGGUCUUCUGAGUCCUAAGCCUAAGCCAGUGUUCUUUCUGUGACCUCUGCCCCUUCCCAUGGAAGGGACAACACGCAAGUCCAACUCUGAUCUUUUCAACUAUGUCUAUCCACCUAGAAAGUCAUAACGGGUGCCACAUUACCAUCUUAGGAUGUAAAAAAUAGUAAAUGUGUCUCCUCUCUUGCUUAGCUUCCAAGUCUACAUGAAAUUUGAAAGCACAUGAGUGGCAGCUAAUACUCUGAUGUUACAAUUGAUGUCUCAAAGAAUCUAUGUAUUAUAUAUAGCAGAAAGAUCACUGGAUAGGGGUCUCAUAGACUGGGAUUCAGGUUCCAGUUUUGUAAUAAUACUGCAUAAUCUUAAGCAACCCAUUUCCCUUUCCUAGGCCUUGGUCUCCUCUUCUGUAAAAUGAGGAGAUUGGACUAAAUAAUCUCUAAGUCCCUUCCUGCUUUGCUACUUUGCGAGCUGUAAAGACAUGAUAGAGCCCUAACCGAGUGGGGAUAUGGAUGAUUUUGGGUGGUGCAGGAUAAUGUUAACUGCAGCCUUUGCACAAUGUUAGUUCUGUGGUAGAAUCUUGCAUGAACUGUUCAAGAACUCAAGAAAUUGGGUAUCUUUGCAGAGUAUGUAAACACAACUUGCAUUUUAAGGGAGUUUGUUGAGAAGUUUCAGA